GUGCACAUUCCGGAAAAAGUUAAUUGUUUACAUCGCUGUCAGUCGCCAGAAAGCAACCUGCUCUAGAAGAGAAGAAUUGUGAUAUCUUCUACAUGCAGUUUAUUGGUUUGUCAUUUCUUGUUGUAUUUCGCUGUCAGCUGCCAUUCUUCAGUGAGGUUGUUCUUCCCUAGCGGUUUAUCCCGUUGUUGGAUCAUGUGAGUAUAAAUGUCUUGGAGCCAGACAGUUACAAGCUAACAUUAGCAAGUCAACAAGUCCGAUGGUCUCUCUCUCUCUCACUGUCUGGGCUGGCAUAUGGGUCCUCACUAGCCAAAACAAUCAUAAGUUGUACGCUGCUGCUACCUAUGACUAAGACGAUUAGCAUGAGAGCAAGAUCAUUGUCCUGACGCUGGAAUAAGAGUAAGCGAAAGUUUGCUGCCAUGACGGAGGGAACUGGCAAACUGCCGCUCAGGCGCCUGGAACCGCCCAUCCAUAAGUUUACCAAAGUGGCUAUUCCUACCGAUCUGCAGAGACUUCAGCAACAUCAACACAAUAUAGAAAAGUUUCAGAGAUGUCGACAAUGGGACAGACUCCACCAGGAACACAUCAACUCCAGCCGCACUGUGCAGCAACUGCGCUCUAACCUGCGGGAGAUGGAGAAGCUGUGUGAGCGUGUCCGGGCCGAGGAUGCCGCUGCACUGGACAAACUGGUCCAGCCAAUCAAAGAGCAGGCAUCAGCCGCAGCCCAGGACUUCCUGCGUCUCCAUUCAGAGGCUGUCAAUCACCCGCUGCCAUCACAGCCAACCGCCUCACACACACAGCAUGACCCAUCCUGUGGUGAUGACUAUAUGGCCACCUCACUGGGUGUCACACAGAUGCAGCUGCCACCAAUUCCACUGGAGCAGAAUGCUGCGGAGAGCUGGGACACUCUGGAGGAGGAUUUGCAGGAGCUAAGUGGUUUGGUCAAUGAAUUUGCCUUACUUGUUCAUUCACAGCAGGAGAAGAUUGACAGCAUUGAGGAGAACGUUAGCGUGGCGGCGAGCAACGUGGAGGAGGGGGCGCGCAGCCUCGGGAAGGCUGCUAGCUCGGGAUUGGCCGUGCUGCCAGUGUGCGGAGCUCUGAUGGGCGGGGUUUUGGGUGGACCCCUCGGUUUGUUGGCAGGAUUUAAAUUGGUGGGUGUGGCCUCUGCAAUAGGUGGUGGGAUUCUUGGAUUUGCUGGCGGCAACCUCAUCCAAAAACGCAAACGCAAGCGUGUGGAUGUCCAACUCCAGCAGCUGAAGAACACACACGAUGAUUAAAAUGGACUGUUGUACUCACACACACACACACAUUUGAAUGACACACAAACACACAUCCACUGACAAGCACACAAACAGACUCCAAGAGAACACACAGAGUUGGAUUUGUACACACCUGUGAUUUCUAUAUUCAAGCGUUGUUGGUUUGCUUGCUCAGUUACUGAACUGCUUUAAUGUCACACUGAAGUCGCAGCAAUCACACACGACUCUCAGUGAAUCUUGAACUUGACAACGCCUCACGGCAAAAGAUGUCAUUGUUUAUGCUCAAAGCCAUUUUGGUUAGCCAAUUUAUUUGCCUUAUUUGAAGCCUCUGCUGUAAUUCUGGCACUUGAAACAAAGUCCAAUGAAUGUGACUGACCCCUCGCCAUCCUGACCCUCACACGCGCCUGUUGUUCAGUUGUUAACCUUCACCAAGCCUUAUUGGAAGUGCUGCCGUAGGGGAGAGAUGAAUGGCUGAUGAGCUGUCUGAGUUUGACUGUACAGUGGUGCGUCCUAUAAUAAUAAAUAUGUAGAAUUAAACACUAACUAUAACUAUAUAAUUAAACAUCUGUAUUGAUGACCCACUGAAUAUCCACUCUGCCUCCUAGGGACAAGUCUGGCUGUCUCCUAAUGAAAAUGCUACAUAAAAUAUA